UCGUCAGUUACUUUGAUUAAAACGUCAUUUGCAGCAACAGUCAUGGACGCGUAUCAAACAGAAGAGGAGACAGCAUUCGUCAUUGAAGAAGUAAGCAAAAUAAUCAAAGAGUCAGUAGAGGCAGCCAUAGGAGGAAAUACCUACCAACACAGCAGAGUGAACCAAUGGACCACCAGUGUUGUGGAGCAGUGCCUUAGUCAACUCAGCAAGCUGGGGAAGCCCUUCAAAUAUAUAGUAACCUGUAUCAUCAUGCAGAAAAAUGGGGCAGGUCUGCAAACAGCCAGUUCAUGCUUCUGGGAUAACUCUACUGAUGGGAGCUGUGCUGUGAGAUGGGAGAACAAGUCCAUGUAUUGUAUUGUCAGUGUCUUUGGCUUGGCUAUCUGAACCAACUUCUAUUUGUGGAACGUUUUGAACUUUUUAAGAACUAGGAUGUUAUGUAAAGACAUUUUGGAUUCAUGUUAAUUUUAUAUUGAUUAAACUGAAUGAAAACAAAA